GAUGUAAUAUCUAAUCUGCAAUUCUGCGUACUGCACGCCUUCGUUUCUAUCACUUCACUUCUUUUAGUGGACCACUGGAGUAAAGGAAGCAGCAUCGCUGAAGAACGCUCCAAUGGCGUCGGCAGCGGCAGCGGCAGCAACAGCCGUGGCUGCAGUAUCCGCUGCAUUUUCUUCAAUUCAGAUAUCUUCCUCCUUCCUCGCCAAGCCCAGUCUCUGUUGCAGAAAUUUCAGAAGAAUCCCUCUUAUAAGGUCUUCGAUUUCCUCUUCCUCCACCGAGUUUAAUAUCUCGUUCGGUUCUGGUUCCAAAGAAACCCUAAAACCCAAACCUUUCUCAGAAGACGAGUUACCGAGACAAGAGCCGGAUCUCCAACAAGCUCCAGACACUCCGCUCUUAAUUCCAUGGAUUGUUCGAGACGAGAACGGCAAUAUCAAGCUCCAAAUGACCCCUCCAGCUCGGUUUCUUCACGCCAUGGACAACGCCAAGACCACGUCAACGGCAACCAAGAAGAAAAAGAAGUCCGCGAAAGCGCUUGCCUUGACGCCAGAGCCGAAGUAUUCAAAGGCCUCUCGUAGGUUUUACAACCAAAACUUCAGAGAUCCCCCUCAGCGACUCAGUAAGGUUCUUGCUGCCGCCGGAGUGGCAUCAAGACGAAGCAGCGAAGAACUUAUCUUUGCAGGUCGAGUGACUGUUAAUGGUUCUGUAUGUAAUACUCCUCAGACUCGAGUUGACCCAGCAAGGGAUGUUAUCUAUGUUAAUGGCAAUCGACUCUCUAAGAAGCUGCCUCCCAAGGUGUAUUUUGCCCUGAACAAGCCAAAAGGGUACAUAUGCUCAUGUGGGGAGAAAGAGUCUAAAUCAGUUAUGUCCUUGUUUGAUGAUUAUCUGAAGAGUUGGGAUAAGAGAAAUCCAGGAUUACCAAAACCAAGACUAUUUACUGUUGGUCGUCUUGAUGUUGCCACAACUGGAUUGAUUAUUGUAACAAAUGAUGGAGAUUUUGCUCAAAGACUUUCACAUCCUUCAUCUAAAUUAACAAAAGAAUAUAUUGCUACCAUAGUUGGAACUGUCAACAAGCGACACUUAAUAGCCAUCAGUGAGGGCACAAUGAUUGAAGGCAUCCAUUGCACUCCAGAUUCUGUUGAGCUAUUGCCACAACAGCCAGACAUUCCAAGGCCCCGUCUUCGCAUUGUGGUUCAUGAAGGGAGAAAUCAUGAAGUUCGGGAACUUGUCAAAAAUGCUGGACUGACGCUCCAUUCUCUUAAACGGGUACGAAUAGGUGGUUUCAAGCUUCCAUCAGAUCUGGGGCUUGGCAAGUAUGUUGAGUUAAAACAAGGAGACCUCAAGUCUUUGGGUGGGACGAGUUAGACAGGAGCUAUACGAUGAUAGAGAUGGACUUUAGUACACUGCAAAUACGGGUUGGUCACUGCACAUCUUCACAUCAUUUUGUUGAAGGAACAUCUGUAUCCACAUCAUGUUAUUGUCUUCUUAUUAUAUUGCAGAUGAUCAUUAGAUGGAUUCAUUGAAUGAUGUGUUCGGCUGCCCCACGUGUGUAAGUUUCCUGUUUAUAGUAUUUGUAUUUUGUUAUUUGAGAUGGGGGACCCCAUCCCUUUGUUUUUAGAGAGGGGGUGGAUGAUGUAAUGGUAAUAAUGCCAUGCCAUGCAAAAACUGAUAAGCUAUCCUAUUUUUGGUUGCUAAA